AUGUCUGUUCCUCUCUUCCCCUCUUCCAUCGUGCCCACACCAGUCGACCCGUCUCUUGUUUUGGUACGCAACUUGACAUACAGACCGUCGCACGGGAAGACGACGGGGGUCACGCCGCCGCGCAUGCGCAGUCGCACACCGCGCGAGUCCUUCAACCCAUCUUCACUCCAAUCCAGACUCAUGGGACUAUCCUACGCUGCGAACGCUGCGAGAAAAGACGGAGAGCAGAAAAUAACACCAGGCUGUGCCCACGAAGCAACUCUGCACAUGCAAGCCCACGGCAGCAAUACUGUCAGCAUCAUCACCAUCACCAUCAGCACCAAACUCCAGAAUCCCAGCCGCACCAGCCAGCAGGAAUGUACCCGGAAGGGCACCAAGGAACGAUACGGACAGAAUGAUCCGUAA